AACCAAACCCAGAGGCGUGGGGGAAAAGGGAAACACCUAAGGCGGGAUCUGGCCAUGCCCAAGCUCCGCUGCCUGCCGGCUGCCUGCCCCGGGUGCUGCAGGGUGCCCCCCGGCAGGUAGCCAGGCUGGGGGACCUGGAAGCUCCCUCUCGUCCUGCCUUGUGAAACUCACUGAAGUUGAGAGAUUUGUUCUUCUUCCUCAUCUCUGCAGCACCUGCACCUCCCUGGAUAAAUACAUCUAAGAGGAGGCUUUUCCGUUCAGCCACCUUAUCCCAAACUCCAGGCAAAGGACUGCUCGGAGCAGCGACUCACUGACUGGAGGAAACUUUUUGCCAAACUUUUCUGGUGCUUCGCUCUGCUAUUUAACCCCUUGAGUUGCUUUGCACCACUCAGGCGGGCUGGGGAGCCUUCUCUUCUCAGGCAGAGUAACACUCCCCCCCCAGGCACCCCGCGAAUGAGAAAAGCAGGGGGAAACGAGGAAUAAAGUUAUUGUGAAAAGGGGGGGGGGGAAAAGCCUAAAAACUUGCACCUCGAGAAGAAAGGAAGGAAAACAAAAUCCGCAGCCCAAGGAUGAAGCGGUGAAUGGAAAGAACAAUUUAACUGGAAUCAACAAGUGGGAACUUCUGCCCGCCGUGCUCUUCCCCUCCCUUCCCGCUCCAGCCCCGCAGGCUUUCAGAAACUUGUUGCUGGAAAGAAAACUUAUCCCCGGUUCGCGGACCUCUCCUCCCGCUCCUCGCAAGGGAUAUAGCAGUCACCGGCACCGGCGAUGGUCCCCAGGCCCAGCACCGCCCUGGCCGUCUAUGCCCUUCAGGGGCUGCUCCUGAUGCACGGUCUUGCUGAGGAAGAAUUUUUUGAGAAACCAACGCUAAGCAUUGCAAAAGACCACAUUGUCAUCUUAGCAGGAGACACACUAAAAAUAAAAUGCAGGGGAGCACCUUCUGUAAGCUGGCUUUUGAGGCGGGACCAGAAGGAAGACCCCCGAGUGCACAUAAGUAAUUGUCGCAAUAACACAAGGCAAAGCUGCAGCAUGCUCGUCAUCAGGAAAGUCAUAGCUAAUGACACCGGUUACUUCACCUGCAUUCAUGAUGACUCCCCAUCUAAAGAGGAUCUCACGGCCAAGAUUUAUGUGUUUGUUAAAGACUACAGAAAUCCAUUUGUGGAGAUUCACCCGGAACAUCCUGAAAUAAUCUACAUUUUAGAUGCUAAGAAAACGGUUGUUAUCCCUUGCCGAGUUACCUCGCCAGAUAUCAAACCUAAGCUUACCCAGUAUCCUUCCUCUGUAGAGAUGAACUUCAAGAGGAUGGUGUGGGACCCAAGAAAAGGAUUUGUCAUCCCCUCUUAUUCUUUCAUUUACUCUGGAGUACUCACAUGCACUGCAAAUGUCAAUGGAAGUGUGUUCACCUCCUAUUACCUAGCACAGAGAUUGGAGGGCAGAGUACAGAACCUGGCUCUGAAAGCAACUCCCAAAAAACUGCUGGUUGGAGAAACUCUUUCUUUGGAAUGCAGAGCAGAAACCUUCAUCAAUGGGCGCAUUGAGCUCAUAUGGACAUGUCCCAGUGGGAGACACCCUUAUCCUAGAAGAACAAUAGACCAGACUGGCAUGGUGAAUAAAGUUGGCAGUAGCCUGACAAUUGAAAAUGUCACCAUGCAAGACGGAGGCCUGUAUGUAUGCAAAACAUUCAACGUAACAAGGCUGGAAGCCAAUGUCACAGUUACAGUGUAUGACAAACCUUUCAUUACAGUUUCACAUAAGAAAGGGCCUUACUACGAGAUUACAUCAGGACACAGGUCACUGAAACUAGCUGCAAAGGUUGAUGCCUUUCCUCGUCCAAGCGUCACCUGGUACAAAGACGGCAAACUGAUCAAGGAUAACCACACUUGCUAUGAGCCGGAUCCAAUGAAGUACAGACUGGGCAUAAGAGAUGUGAGACCAAAGCAUGCUGGAAACUACACCAUCGUCUUGAGCAAUGCAAAAUACGGCCUGUAUAAGAACCUCACCAUGCAGCUGGUAGUGACAGAGAGACCCAAAAUCUAUGAAAAGGAAACUGAUUUUGAUAAGAUUGAGCGGGUGGAAUUACGAAGCAAACACAAAAUCCAGUGCACCGUAAGCGGGAAUCCUGACCCGAAGAUCGAGUGGAAGUGGCAGCCCUGCAGCCUUACAGACAUGUUAUGCAACCCCGAUGGGCAAAAAAUUGUGGUUCACGAGAACAUGUUCAUAGGCAACAAGAUCAGAAGCAUUGAAAACAUAACCAUGAAGCAUGGGGAUAAAAGAAAGAUUGUGAGCACACUAACUACGGAAAACAGCAGUGCAUCAGGAAUCUAUUACUGUGUGGCUUCAAACAAGAUCGGUGAAGAAGAGAGGAGCAUUGAGUUCUACGUCUCAGAUGUGCCGUUUGGGUUGCAAACAGACCCACAAGUCACAACCAUUGUGGGGAAUGAUGUCCGGCUGACCUGCCGGGCCUCCAAGUACAUCUACAGUCACCUGGCCUGGUAUUACCCCUCCUCAGAGGCGGCUCUCAGUGACUCAGUGAUCAAGACAACUGACAACUAUUCCAUUUCUUUGACAUUGGUCAUUACUAAUGUCACGAAGGAACUGAGUGGUCUCUACAAGUGCAGAGCCCAGAACCAGCACAACAGCACCGACACACUAGAACAGCACACUCAGCUCCUCGUCAGAGCAAAGGCAGCACCAUAUGUGAUACAAAACCUCACAGAUCUGGAGGUUAACAUCAGCGGCAAGAUUAUUCUGGAGUGCAGAGUCAGUGGAACGCCAGAACCUCAGAUUACGUGGAGGAAGAAUGGCUACCCCAUUUCAGCAGCAUCAGGAAUUUCCAUGGAAAAUAAUACCCUGGUCAUUGAGCGAGUGAAAAAGGAUGAUGAAGGGCUCUAUGAAUGCAAAGCAUCUAACGACAUGGGCCAAGACAGCACAUCAGCCUUCAUUAAAAUACAAGGUUCUGAGGAGAAAUCCAACAUUGAAGUUAUCAUUUUGGUCUGCACUGGUCUAGCCGCUACCCUCUUCUGGCUUCUUCUGACCCUAUUCAUUCGGAAACUGAGAAAACCUGAUGCCACAGAUAUUAAAACAGGAUACCUGUCAAUUAUAAUGGAUCCAGAGGAAAUGCCUCUUGACGAGCAGUGUGACCGUCUUCCCUACGACAGCAGUAAAUGGGAGUUCCCAAGAGACAGACUGCGGCUGGGUAAAACACUGGGUCAUGGUGCUUUUGGGAAGGUGGUGGAGGCGUCUGCUUUUGGCAUUGAUAAAUCUUCAACCUGCAAAACAGUUGCCGUAAAAAUGCUUAAAGCAGAAUGUGCAACUACUAAUGAAUGCAAGGCUUUAAUGUCUGAACUGAAGAUCCUCAUCCAUAUAGGACAUCACCUGAAUGUAGUCAACCUGCUGGGAGCCUGCACCAAAGCUGGAGGUCCUUUAAUGGUCAUAGUAGAAUAUUGUAAAUAUGGAAAUCUGUCCAACUAUCUAAGAGGAAAACGAGGAGAUUUCAUUGCAUACAAGUCACAGGAAAACUCUGACCAAGCAGAGAAAAGUCUGGAUGAGUCCAACAGUGAUUUGACCGAACUGAUCAAGAGGCGCCUUGAGAGUGUAGCCAGCACAGGAAGCUCUGCCAGCUCAGGAUUUAUUGAAGAUAAGAGUUACAGCGAUUCAGAAGAUGAUGAAGAAGAUGCUGAGGAUCUGUACAAGCGUCCCCUGACUUUGGAGGAUCUGAUUUGCUAUAGCUUCCAAGUGGCAAAAGGCAUGGAGUUUCUCGCCUCCCGAAAAUGCAUUCAUCGGGAUUUGGCAGCAAGGAACAUCCUUCUUUCAGAGAACAACGUAGUUAAGAUCUGUGACUUCGGACUAGCCAGGGACAUUUAUAAAGACCCUGACUAUGUACGGAAAGGAGAUGCAAGACUUCCACUCAAAUGGAUGGCUCCAGAAGCUAUUUUUGACAAAAUUUACACAACCCAGAGUGAUGUAUGGUCUUUUGGAGUGCUACUAUGGGAAAUAUUUUCUCUAGGUGCCUCACCAUACCCUGGAGUGCAGAUAGAUGAGGACUUUUGCCGACGGCUCAAAGAAGGAACGCGGAUGAGAUCUCCAGAGUACUCUACUCCAGAAGUCUACCAGACAAUGCUGGAUUGUUGGCAUGGAGUACCCACAGAGAGGCCUACUUUCACUGAGCUUGUGGAGCGCUUAGGAGAUCUUCUUCAAGCCAAUGUACAGCAGGAUGGUAAAGACUAUAUUCCACUGAACAUCACCUUGUGUCCUGAUGGAGAAUCUAACUCCAAAACUUGCCCUGUGGAAGAAAACUUGAACAACUGUGUUAAUCGCUGGAGUGCAGUGGAAACUGGUAUCAACAGCAAGAAGCGACCACUGAGUGUGAAGACAUUUGAUGAGGUGCCAGUGGAAAAGGAGAAAGUGAUGCAUGAGGAGUCAGACAGUGGGAUGGUGUUGACAUCAGAUGAGAUAAAAAGCCCGAAGAGGCUGGAAAUUCGUUCUUGGCCUUACGGGAUCAUGGCUCUAGCGCGGAGAGCUGUUAGCAAGAGCAAAGAAUCCAUACUAUCUGAUCAUGAGGCUGUCAAGUACCAGCCAGCAGUACAGGCAGAAGAGGACACCAUGGACUUCACACUGGAAGACUCUGUUCUCCUUCCUAUGGAUCCAAACCUGGAAUGCCACAGCCCACCUCCAGAUUACAACUCCGUCAUUCACUACUCGGCCCCUCCAGUGUAAUCAGCCUAACCUGACACAGAGCAUCUUGCACCUCUCAGCCAUGCUAGAUUCUUACAUGCCUCCAUGCCUGGGUAAAGAGGCUGGUUAAAAAUGGAAGGGAAAUCUGACAGGACAAUGGUUCACAUGUUUCUUCUGGCACAUCUCUGAUGUGAGUGGAAACAUUUUAAGAGCAUCUUCUUUGCUAUCUUUAAAGGCCUAUUGCAACAUAUGCAGUAAAUUAAAAUUCUGUCUAUCAGAAUUGUAAGUAGGAGCUGUAACCCAGAACUGCUUCCACUCCUUCCUCCCCUAGCUGGGACUGUUCAUUGGCAUUUGCAGAUUUACAAGUUCCUUCAUUCACAUUUUACUCCGUAAGAGUCACCAAGAGUCACGUCAAGCUAGCUGUGAAAACAAGAUUCAUUCUACUGGUCCUGCACACAUCCUGCAGUGAUAGUUUAGUAUGAUGCUGUAAGGGAUCAGUUGAAAACAACAGCCAUACAGACUAAUGUUUUGGUUUUGGAGAAAAUCCAAAAUUGAAACAUCAUUCUUAACUUGGGAUCUCACCUUCUGUAAAUAUUUCUGAAAUAUUCUGAAAUCCAAAAUAUUUUUGUUACAAUUUGUGAUUUAAUAAUUUCCACUGCCUAUAGGAUACACUCCUAAAAAUUAUAUAGCACAGACAAAGCAGUAGCGCUCAUGUAUCAAGAGGCAGGAUGGUCUUUUGGGCCAUCAGGGCAUACAAUGUGGUUAAAUCUGUUUCCCUGUGUUUUCUCCUUGUUCAAACCGCAAUUUAUUCAGCAUACAUGCAAUAAGGAACCUUGAUGGAGAUGCAUCUAUAAUGAUUGCAAGGCAAAAUCACUGCCUUAAGAACCUUCUUAAGCUUAGACAGACAGAAUUUCCCAGCACACAUGCAUGUUUGUGUGAGUGUGCAUAAAAUACUCAUUAACAACAUGAGAUUUACACAUAAAUGCACACACACCCUUGAGGCACCAGCAGGGUUGCAGCAUUUUUAUGUUUCCUUUCUGCACACAGGCUAUUUACUAAAAAGAAAGAAAAAAAAAAAAAAAGAAAAAAAAAAGGCAUUUCCUUUGGAUUCUGUGGCAGGUGCCCAACAGUCUGAUCCUGGGAAUACUAGCCCAUGCUAAACUGUAAGCAUAUGUGACACAUAUUUGUCUCUGACUGUCUUGCCAAGGUAAAUAUUGGUAUGAUAUGCAAUGCCCUCUGCCUCUAAACCCUUCAUGGCUUCAUGGUAAUUCAAAGCUUUUUGUGCAGCCUAAUCAUACAAGACUGAAUGGAUCACAAAUUCUCACAUUUGAGAAAUUCAAAGUUUGUUGCCCCCUGCCCAAAAGCUGUGUGUGGCAGCGACUGUUGGUCUGCAGGUAUGCAUACCGAGGUCCUAUGCAUACCCCAUGCACACUCACAACAACUUCAAAAAUAAGCAAAUAAUCCUUGUCAUUUAAUGUGCUAUGUAACAAUCAGAGUUGACUUUAGAAAUCUAGGAAGGGAAAAACUAUCUAGAUUGCAAGUAGAAAAAGCAAGGAUGAGAAAGAUGUUCAUUGACAGUCAAGGCUAUAACCUCCUAAGUUAGAAACCCAGAUCUGUAAAUGACUCUGUGCAGUUUCCUCCAAGGUCUGCACAACCCUUUCCUUUUCUUCUUAGACUUGACACUGAUUUGAAUUCUUCAGAGAAAAAGAAUUUUUCUUCAUGAUUGCAAACUGAAGGGAAAAAAAAAAAAAUAAUCCAACACUUGCAAACCAAUUAUAUUACCUUGGCAAAGACAGCCUAAACACCCUCGCAGCAGUGAAGAAAACAUUUCUGGAUGAUCAGUUACAGUUGGUUACAUUGAAGUAAACACAAACAAGCCUCAGGUAUUAUCAAAUGGGGAAACAAAUCUCCAAACCCCGUACCACGUUAACUGUGAAUGCUAAAGCAUCUGAAGUAUGGGCUCUUGGGAACUGUGCUUCUCGUUCUCCUUGACUUCAGAUUCGAUGUAUUAAGGAACUCAGCUGCAGUAACUCACGAGCCCCUUGUUCAUAGCGGACCUGCUAGAUAGCUGUGGUCUGUAGUUGCUUUAUGGUCAUAUUUGCACUUCUUUGUAUUUUAGUACCUAUGUAUUAAGUAGAGCUGGUCACAUAACAGAAGAAACUACUGGGAAAGAAUUCAUCUGAUGAGCCCCAGAAAGCUCAUUGGAUCGGUUUUCCAUCAAACAGUAAAUUAGCUAUCUAUAGCUCUGAUCAAUUAAUCAAUCACUUCUUUUGGAAAUAAUUUAUUCACAUGGCAAAAAGAAAAAAAGGCGCAGACAGUUUGUCUGGCUCUACUGUUAAUGGCAUCGGUGUGAGAUGGUUUGUACUGUGCCUUUUCUGGAGGGUAAGAAAAUGACAAUGUUUAAAAACCUUUGCUUAUAAACUUUAAAAUAAGUACAUACAAGGGAAAAAACCUGCAAGUAUGCUCUCUAUUUUGAAGAAGAAUGGGAAACACUGCUGGGUGAACUGUCUGCUUCUAAGAGAGCCGAGUAUAUUAUCUUUCCACUUUAGCAAGGAUGAACUGUAGAGGUUUCUCUGAGACCAGAGGAACACGAAGCAUGUUUCCUCAGUGGGACCCGAGCGGACACUCUAAUGGAGCGCUGGUAGACCAGGUCCCUUUCUGGCUCUCAAUAACGUGUAUCAGCCUUUCUGCAUUGCGUGAGAUGAUGUGAAAACAGAGCGCAGGCUCAAGUGCUCAAGACACAUUUUAAAACACUGGUUGCGUUGACAGCCCCCUGAAAACUGAGGGCUCCUCUGCAGUGGCAAAAUCAACAGCCGCCUUGAGCAGUAUCGAUGGCCAUUUCUUCAGAGAGCAAAGAUACCCUCCUAACCCGUGAUAAUGGCCUUCAAGUGUUCUGGAAAUGGCAGGUGACUGAUGUUUGGGCAGCUGUGUUUCCAAUGUUUAUUUUGAGUGGAAGUUUUUUUCCUCCUUAUAGUAAAUGUAACAAGCAAAAUUAUUGCCUGAAAAGUAUUAUUGAACAUAUGUCUUCUAUUUUAUUUACUAAUAUUUUGUUUGUCCUUUUCUCUCCUCCCUUAAUUUAAUUAUUGUUCUUUUCUUACAAUGAUGUAUAUAGUUUACCCAGUAGAAACAAAUAUAGUGAUUCAUUUAUAUGGUAAAAUUUGUAACAUUUUAGUUAAAAGAGAAAGAGAUACCCAGACAUAACAGAGUUAAGUAUUGUUACUAAACAUUUCACUAAUGCUUGCAGGCCAGGCUCCCGUUUACAGUACCCUACUAGUGCCAUUUCAUAGCAGUUCUCCUCUUGGCUGCGAGUAUCUCUGGCUGUCACUUAUUCUCCACAUUAGUUAGUUUCAGUUAGGAAACAGGGAUCUGGAGGAAUCUGGCAGGUUUAUCUCAUUCCUGGAAGUGUCACCAUGCAGCUCAUGGUAAAGGCAAGGAAUUUCCACUGCUUCCAUUUUAACUGAAGGCUGGUGUAUUGGCUAGAGGAUCAGAAGGGGCCAAACUGUUUAAAUGAUGUGAUGUUUAUUAUUUUUUCAGACUUCUCAGGGAUUCUUACUCGACUCCUCUCAGCCACCUGCUUUAUCUAACCUGACUGAGCUCAAUGGUAUCUGAUAUUAACACAUACCUUUGUUUUCUUUAAUGGUGCUUACUCCUACUGUUUUUGUCCUCUUGUAACCCCAGAGAAUUAGGGCAAAGGAACUCGGAGCUCACCACAGAAAUGUGUUGUCUUCUCUCCAACAGUCACCUGCCACAUAGGUGUCCAAGGAUAAGUGCCUUCACCUGCACGUUAUUGUUCAGGCUGGUGUUUUUAACAGCCUGGUUUCCUAUCUCCUCUUUUCUCUACUUUUCAUCUGUUUCUUGAUAUUUGCUCUUCACAGUCCCUUUGGAUUGCUUUUCUCUGCCUUUUGAACAACAUCAGGUAUAGGACUCACUUCACUCUGCUAUUUCCUGUAUAUUCUGCACUUGCAGAAGCUGAACUAGAUAAUCUAAAGCAAGCUUUUUUUCACAUUAAAAUUUUCCAAUAUAGGCAAGGGAAACUAGUUUAUAUUGGUUUGCCUGGAAGCCUUUCUGUAUCCUUCCCUGAAUGAGCAAAGCUUUUUAAUCUAUUGAUUUUUCAAUAUUUGGUAUCUGGAGCAAAACAAAGGUUGGUGACUAUCUAUGUGAAUCUCAUCUUUCUCCUAGUCCUUUAUCAAACAAUGAGGUUUCUCUUAGGUUCUUCCAAGUUAUCCUCACAAGAUAGGGGUCCUAACCAGGAUGCUGGGCCCACACGAUCCACUCAGGAUAUCAAGGAAGGUCAGAUAGAAACCUAAAGUCUGAGUAAUAGCCUCAAACAAAACCACUGAAAUUUGAACCCACUGAAUGCUGAAGAUGUAUACAUUUACAGCUGCCUGCAGGCAUAAACCGCUCUGCUUAAGACAUCCCACUAAUACAAACACUACUCUUCAGUUAGCCUCCUUGGCAAAUGCCUAGGGUAACCUAGAGCGUCCAGGCACUUCUCUCUUGUUAUUUACACUCUUGUAUACUGUAGGAAUGUUAGUCGGCAUGUAAGCCUCUAACUGGCCAGUCAACAGUUUAUGACUUAUCUACUCAAUGAUCCUUCACGCUGAGCUUUGGCACUGCCUUGUCAUGUCCUACCUUGCUUUACAAAUUUGAUCUGGUCCUAUUCCAGCUGUAUGGGUGUGGUCUUAGGUCAAUGGUCUCUAGCUCCCACCAGCACCAACUGGACAACACCGGGAAAUGUUUGGAGGGCAACAUUACUAGCAAAUAGCUACAUAAGAAGAUAAAGCAUUAUUGGGUUUUCCUGAACACAGGACUUAGCCAGGAUUAGUACCAUACUCAGAUAUCAGCCUAUAAGUAUUUUCUUAUCCUAAAGUGAAUGGAAAAUACAGAAGGUAGCAAUAAUUCUUUUGUCCCUCCCUGCAAAUAUUGGUAGUCAAACCCUGAGAUCCAUUUUCCUGUUUUUAUACUACACCACAAAAAACCCAGAAAGAAUUUUGCCAAAGUAAUGACACCAGCACUAUCUCACGCAAGUAAAAUUCAGGGAGGACUUCUGGAUUUGACCCUAUCAAGAGUCAGUCACUGUAUAGGAUGUAAGCAUUGAGCCCAAGCACUGGUUUGCUUGUUUGACACCUGUUGUUUUCAUACUGUGUUAACACAGAAAACUUGCUGGACUGGGUCAUUUGGGACCCCAAGCAAAUAUGAUGCCAUAAGGGCCGUGGUUACAGGAAGACCAGUGUGGUAUGCACUGAGCAGUGUCCCAUUCAUUGUCCUGCCUAAUAAUCCUGUGCCACAAGAGCCAGCACAUCCUUAUUACUCAAAUUCAUUUUUCCUUAGACCUUGAGUUGUCAAAGCAGCUAAUGAAAACUGGGAAAACCCAGUAAUUUGGGACUUAGAGAAAAUAAAUUAAGUGCCACGUAAUACUCAAAACACUAAGGAAUGUUUGUCUGCCAUGUUCCUGUCUGUCUGAAGAAUGUAUGCACUGAAAACAAUGCUUUCUUAUGUAGUCAAAAAUUGUACUGUAUCUAUUAACCAAAAAAAUAAAAAGAUUCUAUAUUUAUACA